AUGUAUGCACAAAAUCCCAAAGAAACUCGACCAACAGAUGAAUCAAAAAUUACACAAGUUCCUAAACCUCCCGAAUUAGAGAAGCCCGAAUUAGAUACGAAGAGGAAGAAGGACAAAACCGUGGGAGAUAAGAAAAUGAAAAGGCAGCUGAUGACACCAAUAUUAAUUGCAGCAAAGAUGGGAGUGAGCGAAAUGGUGGAGAAAAUCCUAAAAAAAUUUCCAGUAGCUAUUCACGAUGUGGACUCAGAAAACAAGAAUGUUGCGCUCCUGGCAAUUGAGAACAGGCAAUCCCAUGUUCUCAAGUUACUGCUGAUGAAGAAAGAUAAAUCAAUCGCAAGCUUGUUACGUCAGGUGGACAUCAAAGGAAACAAUGCAUUGCAUCUUGCUGCUAAAUAUGGAAGUUAUCGGCCAUGGCAUACUCCAGGUGCGGCACUGCAAAUGCAAUGGGAACUCAAGUGGUAUAUGGUUGUCAAAAACUCCAUGCCACCUCGUUCAUCUGUUGUCCGCAACGAAAAAGAGGAGAUACCACAGGAGAUCUUCACAACUUCACACAAAGAUCUUCGAAAAGAAGGCAGUGAUUGGCUCGUCAAAACCUCCGAAUCAUGCUCUGUGGUUGCUGCGCUCAUUGCAACAGUUGCCUUCGCAACAUCAGCAUCUGUACCGGGCGGACUCGAUGAUAAAACUGGUUCACCGGUUUUCAAAGACAAGCCGGCAUUCAAUGCCUUCACCAUCUCAUCACUGCUUGCUCUCUGCUUGUCAGUAACUGCCCUGGUCUUCUUUCUUACCAUUAUUACGUCUCGAUGCGAAGUAGAUGAUUUUUCCAUCAGCUUGCCUCGGAAACUUUUGCUGGGUUUAACAUCUCUCUUCGCAUCUAUACCUUCCGUAUUAGUCUCAGUCUGCACAGGGCAUACGUUUCUCCUUAAUCAACAACUGAGACACGUGGCAUAUCCAUUAUAUGCAGCGACUUGCUUUCCGAUCACAAUAGUCGCUCUUGCCCAACUGCCCCUCACUACUACAUUUUAG